GAAAUUAUAUACGUUACAAUAAAACCUAGGUAUGGUUGCCUUAUAUGAAUUUCUUUGAACCCGUUACAAUUGCGAGAAAUACGAAAGCGAUACUUAAUUUCAAAAUUCAAAUUCAAACAUUCAAGAAAAUCGAAAAUCUACUGAAAUGUUGCCUUAUAUGAAUUUCUAAAACCCUAAAGUAGUCGGCAUGGUUGGAGAUGUGAGCGGAGUAGUCAUGGCUUCAAGUGGAGGAGGCGCCACCGCGGCGGAGGCUCAGUACGUGUUGGCGAAGACCUCAGUAUGGUGGGACAUAGAGAAUUGCCAGGUGCCAAAAAAUUGUGAUCCCCACGCAAUAGCACAGAAUAUAAGUUCAGCUCUUGAGAAGUUGAAUUAUUGCGGCGCCGUCUCCAUCUCCGCCUACGGCGACACCGUUCGUAUUCCCCAGUCUGUUCAGCAAGCUCUCUCCAGUACCGGCAUCGCACUCAAUCAUGUACCUGCCGGUGUGAAAGAUGCAAGUGAUAAGAAAAUUCUAGUAGAUAUGCUAUUCUGGGCAGUAGACAACCCUGCUCCUGCAAAUUAUUUGCUAAUCUCUGGUGAUCGGGAUUUUUCUAAUUGUCUUCAUCAGCUACGUAUGAGGAGAUAUAAUAUACUUUUAGCGCAGCCCCAGAAAGCUUCUGCAGCUCUUAUUGCAGCUGCAAAGACUGUAUGGCUUUGGAGCAGUCUUCAUGCUGGAGGUGCCCCACUUACUAGUGGUGAAUCUACACAACUUGCUAACGUUAGUAGCACAUCUAAUGUUUUAUCAUCUCAGAGCAGAUAUUCUGAACCCAUUCAAAAUACAGAAAGUGGUUUUUUGAGAAACACAAAAUCAUUUACUAAUGUAAAUGUUGGCAAUACUCAAAUGAAAGGGAAUUAUGUACAGAAUUCCCUGAAUCAGCCUGGUGUAUCAAGAACCUCAAGUGCACCAGUAGCAUUUCAAGAAACAAAGAACAGUAAUGGCUCUUAUCAGCCGGACAGUGCACAAGAAGCACAGUUUAAGAAAGCUCCUCAUGAGUUCUUUGGAGGCAGUAGACCUGCUGUGAGGUCUUAUAAACCAGAUUACUUUCCUGGUGAUUCUGACCCUGUGGAGAGUACUGUCAGUUAUCCUGUAGGACAUGCUCAGAAUCAGUACAUUCAGCAUGAGAGGUCCUCUAGUUUCUCUAGGAAGCAACCCGCCUCUCCACAUGGUCGUCAUCUAAUGCAUUCCGGGCCUGAUGAUACUAGAUUUACUUUGGCGUCGUCUGCUAAUGUUCCUGAUAUUGGUAAAUUUGGUAUAUUUGAUUCCCAAAAUUUUACUCAAGGUGCUCCUAAUCAACAUCACGGAACUGUAGACAAGUUAAAAAUGGAUUCUCUUGAGUUUUCUAAUCCUUCUCCUUUAAUGCUACCACAUCUAGCCCUUAAGAUGCGCAGUAGCCAAGAUAACAAUCGGAAUCCUCAUGGUAAACAAUUUUCCCUUUAUCCAUCCUCUCCAGCAAUAGGCAAUACAAGUUCUUCUACUAAUCUCAUAUCAGGAGCCCAAGGAGGGUCUCCUUCAGAACAUGUUCAAGGUCUUAUUGGUAUUAUAUUACUUGCUUUAGACACCCUAAAAGCUGAAAAAAUAAUGCCUACCGAAGCAAAUAUAACGGACUGCAUUUGUUUUAGUGACCCAAAGUACUGCGGUAUUAACGUGCGUCAAGCAUUGGACAGUGCAAUUGAGCAUAAUGUGGUAACAAUGCAAAAGUUAGGAACAGUGCAGUUUUAUGUUGGUAAAAAUGAUAGACUAUGGAAGUGUGUCAAUCCUAUGGGUGGUAAUCCUAACCAGUAUCCAAACACAAUAUGGAAUGAAAUACAUAAAUACCUAACUUCUUCUGCUGGGCGAUCAGCCCUAUUGGCUUCUCAUUGCAGAUAUGAAGCAGCAUUGAUUCUGAGGCAAGGAUGCUUGCCAGACCAUGCUUUAGGUGUUGUGUACCACAUCUUGAAUUUGACAAUUUAUUCGAAGAAAUGGAUUAUCUUUAACCACUCGGGAUGGCAACCACUCACCAUUACCCUAUAAGAGUUAAAGAAAGACCGUCUGGCCAUGGUUCUUGAUGUAUCAAGGUCAGUUAGUAUUAUAAAAGUUUAAGAAGAUCAGAGAUGCUCACUGCUUAGGCAAUAUAACAGUGGUGAGUAUCUAAAAAGUUGUGUUGGACACAGCACUUAGACAAUGAGUCAAUUAAAUAUGUUUAGGUUUAAUGCCCUUUUUGUCCUGUUUGCUGGGGAGUUUACCUCUAUUGGGCAUCUUUACAUGGAGGGCUUAUGACAUGGUUGCAUGUUAUAGAAUGUUCAACUACUCCCGAUCUGCAUGUUUGAAGUUAUAAGUUGGUUGUGAAACAUAGGCUACUUUAAAGAAGGUUUGAACCUGUUUUUUUUUUGUUGUUCAAUUACAAUUAAAAUGGGGACUAUUAGGUUUAGUGUUGGUUGAAUGGAGAAUAGCGAAGACAAAGACAAAGAUAUUAAUGGUAAUGAAGUAUUUGUGAAGAAGUUAUGGAAGAAUUAUUACACCUGGAAAGGUCGAUUUCUUCACUUGGGCGUGAUAACAUUGAAGAUCUAUAGUUUUAAACGUAAAACUGCAAGGGAGCAAAGUUUUUACUAGGAAUAUUGUGUUUUAUUUUGGAGGUCUUGUAAUGCGGUCGGAUAUUUUACAAUUAGCUUUUGAGGAUGUCUCACAAUGCGAUCGAAUAUGUUACAACUAUGUAAAACAUGUCUUUUUGUUGUUUUUAUUUGAACUACUAUUCUUUA